AUGGGGCCCACAUGUGCCGUGGCACCCAAUGACACAUCUUCUGGUACUCAUCAAGUAUUUUUACAGAGCCUGUGUACUGCCAGUUCACGAGGAAAGGAAUUUGUCACAGCUUUCAUGCACAACAGCUGGCCAUACCAACCCAACCCUGAAUUUCAGCUGCUUAUUACUGGUUAUCAUCCUGCAACCACGGUCACUGUGACAGCAAACAAGUCCACCUUCCGCAAAACUAUUUCUGUCAAUCAGGGACAGACCGUGUCUGUUGUGCUCCCAAUCUCUGUCGAGAUGACAGGGACAGACAUCUUAGAUAAGGCGGUGCUGAUCCAAGCAGACAAAGAUAUCUCCGUCUCCUCCUUCAACUACAGGAGAGUAACAAGUGGAACCACCAUUGUGUAUCCAGUCCAACAGUUGGGUACACUAUAUUAUGUGGUAACCCCAAUGGGUUCAUUGUCCAACGCUUUCAAGGAAUUCACAGUUGUAACUUCUCACGCUCCCACUAGAGUUGACAUUCACUUGAAAGGAGCGGUGGUAUUCAAAAGGAAGGUUUAUGCUGCCGGAAGCAAGCUUGUUGCCAACCUCCAGCCAUUCCAAGCCAUCCAGCUGCAAAGUGCGUUCGACCUGUCUGGUACCAAGGUUGAAUCCACAGAGCCUGUGGCAGUUUUGAGCGGGCACAGCUGUGCUGUCCGAAACACAGGCUGUGACUUUGUUGUUGAACAGCUACUUCCCGUUCCAAGCUGGGGCACUGCCUUCAUUGUCCCCCCGCUGUCCUUCCAAAAUAGAUUCGACAUUGCCUAUGUAAUUGCUUCCCAAAAAACCUGCAUCAAGUACGGUUUUGGGUCUGCCCAAAGCUCUCGGAACGUGGUUGCUGGGCAAGUCAUCCAGUUGGAAGUACAAGCGUCUCGGCCGCUUUACAUCUCUGCUGAUGCCGGAAUUCAAGUUCUGUUCUUCUUCACUGGAGCUUUGGUGGGAAGUGGAGCCUACGACCCGUUCUUCAUCAAUAUCCCAGCCAUAACAAGCUACUGCAGGUUAUAUCACAUCGAUGGGAUGAGAAACUUUGACAAUUAUGUCGUCAUCAUAGCCAAAACCUCAGAAUCCGAUGGGAUCACAUUAAAUAAGAGAACCAUUGGAAAAAUCCAGUGGAAGCCAGUCCCUGGCACAGAAUAUUCUUGGGCCCAACCCAGGCUGGACACCAAUGCAAAAGCCUCAUUCCUAGAGCACCCAAGCACUCCUUUUGGGCUCCUGGUUGUUGGGGGCUCACGCUAUAAUGGCUACGGCUCUGUGGCCCUUUGUGCCUGUGACAAACCGCAACCCACCUGCAGUUCAACGCAAUGCAGAAAAGAGGAGAAAUGUGAGAUUGUCGAUGAAGAGCCAGUCUGCGUGCCAAAGUCUGAAUCAACCUGCUGGGCACAGGGAGACCCUCACUAUCACACUUUUGAUGGGAAGAACUUUGACUUCAUGGGAACCUGUACCUACACCAUUGCCAAGACUUGCGGGUCAGACACUUCUCUUCCUUCCUUCAGAGUUGAGGCCAAGAAUGAGAACAGGGGCAAUACUCGUGUUUCCUAUGUUGGCUCUGUGGCUGUCGAAGUCUACAACAACACCAUAUUGAUUUCCAGAAAUGAAAUUGGAUUCGUGAAGGGCCCGGAAAAACCUCGCGAGCACUUGGAAGCUCGCGAGGCCACCUGGGAGGCUGUCCCUUCCCCAUCAGCAAUGGCAGCCAUGGUGAAUAACCAGCGUUCCCGGCUGCCCAUCUCCUUGCACGAAGGGAAACUUCACAUCUAUCAGAGUGGGAAUUCUGCCAUUAUUCAGACAGACUUCUCCAUGAGGGUCUCUUAUGAUUGGAACAGCUACCUGGUGGUGAAGAUCUCCAGCAGUUUCUCGGAGAAUAUAUGUGGCCUGUGUGGCAACUACAAUGGAAAUCCGAACGAUGACUUCCAAAACCCUAGUGGGGUCUUGGUUCCCACCCCUGUAGAGUUUGGACGAAGCUGGAAGGUGGAGGAUGGUGACAGAUUCUGCUGGGAUGACUGCCAUGGGGAAUGCAAGAGCUGCCCACCACAGACAGCCAACAAGUACCGAGCCGAGCCAUUCUGCGGCUGGAUCAGCAAAGGAGCAGGGGGCCCCUUCACCCAGUGUCAUUCUGUGGUUGACCCCAGCAUCUUUCUGGAGAACUGCGUCUACGACCUUUGCUUGAAUGACGGCUUCAAGGAUGUCCUUUGUGAAGCACUAAAGAACUAUGCAGACACCUGCCAAAAAGCAGGAGUGACCAUCUCUGAUUGGAGAACACCCACUGGUUGCUCUUUGCCCUGCCCUGAAAACAGCCAUUAUAAGGCUUGUGGGUCUGCAUGUCCUGCCACUUGCAACGACCAAGCUGCCAACUGUUCCUCAUUGCCUUGUGUGGAGACCUGUCAGUGCAAUGAAGGCUUUGUGUUGGAUGCUGGGAAAUGUAUCCCCCAGUCUGCCUGCGGUUGUGUUUUUGAGGGGAAACUCUUUGCCCCCAAUGAGCAGUUCUGGGGAGAUGACACCUGCACACGGCGUUGUGUCUGCGACCCACAGUCCAGACAAGUGACCUGCCAGGCAUCCAACUGCCGAAAUGGAGAACAAUGCCGUGUGGAGAAUGGCAUCCAAAACUGCUACCCUACCACCUAUGCCACCUGCUCUGCUUCAGGGGACCCUCACUACAUCAGUUUUGAUGGUCUAAGGUUUGACUUCCAGGGCACCUGCAUGUAUCAAUUCACUGGGCUUUGUGAGAACAGACAGGACCUGGUGAACUUCCAAGUGCUUGUCCAAAAUGACCAUCGAGGUAGCCAGUCGGUGUCCUUCACGCGAGUUGUGGAAAUCCAUGUUUACGACACCAUAAUAGUGAUCAGCAGAGAAAACCCUUCCAAAAUCAUGGUGAAUGGCUUGCUGACCAACCUACCUUACAGUACAGACAACAACAAGAUCUCCCUGUACAGGAGAGGACAAGAUGCUGUAGUCCAGACUGACUUCCAGCUGAUGGUCACCUUUGACUGGCAAAGCCGGGUCACCGUGUCGGUGCCCAGUACCUAUGCGGGAGCCCUUUGCGGUCUAUGUGGGAACUUCAACGGCAACAAACAAGAUGAAAUGACCAUGAAAAAUGGCAGCAUGGCUCCAACCCCGUCAGCAUUUGGUCAGAGCUGGAAAGUUCGGGAGAUACCAGGCUGCACAGGGGAUGAUAAAGAAGAGUGUGCUAAUCUACCCGCCAUUGAGAGACACCAACAGGGACUCAGCAAGGAAUGUGGCCUGAUCCUAGACAGGAGUGGCCCUUUCCGAGAGUGUCACAGCAAAGUUGAUCCAGACGGAUACUUCCAUGACUGCGUGUACGAUUACUGCUUCUUUGAAGGCCAGCAAGCCGUGAUCUGCCAGGAUAUUGCCAGCUAUGCUGCGGCCUGCCAAGCAGCAGGGGUGACCAUCCAUGCCUGGAGGUCUGAAACCUUCUGUAGUCUUCCUUGUGCUCAGAAUAGUCACUACGAGCUGUGUCCCAGGGGUUGUGACCAGACCUGUGGAAGCAUCUAUGUCCCAGUCCCUUGUCCUGCAAAAUGCCAGGAAGGCUGUGUGUGUGACGAGAACUUUGUGCUGAGCGGUGAUCGGUGUGUCCCCAUAUCCCAGUGUGGCUGCCACCAUCAAGGUCAUUACUACUUGUCAGGAGAGACUUUCUACCCGACAUGCCGAGAACUUUGUGUGUGUCAACCAGGUGGGACUGUGAAGUGUCAACCUUUCUCCUGUGGACCUUAUGAGGAAUGCAGAUUGUCGAAUGGGAUCCUGAAGUGCCACCCAGUGGGCAGCACCACCUGUUCUGCUUCUGGUGACCCCCACUAUGUCUCCUUCGAUGGACUCCGCUUUGACUUUCAGGGCACCUGCUCAUAUACCCUGGUGAAGGUUGACAAAGCCAAUACCACACUGAUACCCUUUACUAUAACUGUGGAGAACAAUCCCUGGGGGAACGGGAAGGUCUCGGUGACCAAGAAGGUCUCUGUCGAGGUCUAUAACAUCACACUCACAGUACUGCAGAACAAGAAAGGACAAGUGCAGUGUGGAAACACUGAUCAUUCUGGGUCUAAUGGGAAAACAAACCUCAUGGUGGAUGGUAUAUUCCAGCCUCUCCCAGUGACCCUUUCUGACGGACAACUGAGAGUCUAUCAACACGGCACUAAAGUUGUGAUCGAAACUGACUUUGCCCUCCUCGUGAGCUAUGACCUGGUUUACGAAGUCAGAGUCACUGUCCCAGGGAGUUACCAGGGCCAAGUCGGCGGCCUGUGUGGGAAUUACAACGGGCGGAAAGAGGACGAUUUCCUGCUCCCGGAUGGCCGGGUGGUGUCUGAUGCAGCUGAAUUUGGAGCUGCCUGGAAAGUGUCCAUCCCUGGGGAAAGCAGAUCCUGCUCAGAUGGGUGUUCUGGAAAUAACUGUCCAGUUUGUGAGGAGAUGAAGGAGGACGUUUUUAAGGAGCGCAACUACUGUGGUCUCCUCACUGCUGCCGAUGGUCCCUUCAGAGCCUGCCACAACAAAGUAAACUCUAGUGCCUAUUUCAGUAACUGCAUCUAUGACCUUUGUCUGGGCAAUGGAGACAGCGCUGUCUUGUGCAAGAGUCUUGAGAGUUAUGUAUCCGCCUGCCAAGAGGCCGGGGUCACCAUCCAGCCCUGGAGAACUCAUUCCUUCUGUCCUCUAAGCUGCCCUGUCAACAGCCACUACAAGAUUUGUGCCGACAUCUGCGCCACCACUUGCGCCAAGAUCACAGACCCCAGAGCGUGUCCUGAAACCUGUGCUGAGGGCUGCCAGUGCGACAACAGCUUCUUCUUCGAUGGUCUCAAUUGUGUUACUGCAGAGCACUGUGGCUGUUUUGAGAAUGGAUUGUAUUACAAGCCCAAUGAGAAAGUUCUGCUGGGGGAAUGCCGUCAAAGCUGCACCUGCCUUCCAGGCCGGGGGGUGAUCUGUGAGGCCCACAGCUGUGCCGAAGAUGAGACCUGUGAGAUUCGGGAUGGAGUCAUGGGUUGCAUUAAUAAAGAUCCUUGUAAAGCCUUGAAAUGUCGACCCAAAGAAACAUGCAAAGUGGAGAACCACCAAGCCACGUGCAUCCCUGACUUCACAGCAAGCUGCUGGGGCUGGGGAGACCCACACUACCACUCCUUCGAUGGGCUGGACUUUGAUUUCCAGGGCACCUGCACUUACACUAUUGCCAAGUACUGCGGAAAUGACUCCACCCUGGUACCUUUCUCUGUAGAAGAGAAGAAUGACAACAGGGGGAAUCAGGCGGUGUCCUAUGUGCGGCUGGUCAACAUCUAUGUCCUUGGGUACAAGAUCUCCAUAUACAAACAGGAGACUGGGAGAAUCCGGAUAAAUGAUGAAAUUACCAGCCUGCCUGUGACUUUAGAAAAUGGCAUGAUCAGGAUUCACUCAAAUGGACAGAACGCUGUGUUGCAAACCAAUUUUGGCCUCCAAGUGACCUACGACUGGAAUUGGCACCUGACCCUGAAUGUUCCCAGCAGCUAUUACGGGUCCAUGUGCGGACUGUGUGGAAACCUCAACCAAAAUCCAGCUGAUGACAUGACCUACCUCAAUGGCACCAUGGCCUCCUCCAUCGUAAGCUGGGCGAGCAGCUGGAAAAUCCCGGACAGGGAUCCUUUCUGCUGGGAUGUCUGCCGAGGGAAUUGCCCAACGUGUGAUGAGGGCAAAAGAGAUCUGUAUGGAGGUCUAUCGUACUGUGGGCUGAUCAGCCAAACAACCGGAGGACCCUUUAGAGAGUGUCACGCCAGAGUGAAUCCAGACAACUUCUUUGACAACUGCAUUUAUGAUGUGUGCCUAAACGGGGGAGCCAAGAACAUCCUCUGCCAGGCACUGGAGGCCUAUGCUACUACUUGCAAGAAGGCAGGCGCUACCGUGUAUGAUUGGAGGACAUCUUCUGGCUGUGCCUUGCCCUGUCCUGAGAAUAGCCACUAUGAAGCCUGUGGAAAUGCCUGUCCAGCCAGCUGUUCCGAUCGCACCACCCCCUCCUCCUGCAAAGAGCCGUGCUUAGAAACCUGCCAAUGCAACGACGGCUUUGUCCUCAGCAUCGACAAGUGCGUCCCCAUUGGGAGCUGCGGCUGUACAUACAAUGGAUUCUACUACAAGCCUGGGGAGAAAUUCUGGGCCGAUGAGGACUGUAGCUCUCGCUGCAGGUGUGACCCCACCCUGGGCAUCGCAGUGUGCAUGCCGGCUGGUUGCAAAGCCAAUGAAAAGUGCACUGUGGUCAACGGGGUGCGGGGCUGUAACCCCAUCAGCUUUGCUACCUGCUCAGCUUCCGGAGACCCUCACUACACCACCUUCGAUGGAAAGAGAUACGAUUUCAUGGGCACCUGUGUUUACCAGCUGGCUGAACUGUGCUCCAGUGACCUACCCCUCCACCCUUUCAGCAUCAAAGUGGAGAACAACCACCGAGGCAACGUGAAAGUAUCCUACACCAAAGUGGUGACGUUGGAGGUCUACAAUUUAACCAUUGUGUUGAGUCAGGAGCAUCCACGUAGGAUUCAGGUACUGACAUAG